AUGUUUGCAAAGUUGAAGGGUCUCUUUAGCGGCCCGCAGGUGCCAGAGGGCUCUGGGACUACCAGCAAAGCCCCUGACCCAGCUCCACCUCCACCUCCACCUCCAGCCAAGGAGGAGAAGCCAGCUGAGAAGGAGAAUGAAGACAAGAAAGUGGACAGACCACAGGCUCCAUCACCGGCACCACCCCCAGCCCCUGAACCAGCACCAUCAGCGGCCCCAGCUCCAGCUCCGGCCCCGGCACCAGCUCCGGCCCCAGCUCCGGCCCCAGCUCCAGCUCCAGCUCCAGCUCCAGCUCCAGCCGCGGCUCCGGCUCCUCCACCAAACCCUGAUCAAGCUGGAGCUGAGGGAGAGGAGGGAGUCCCCCCUCCACCUCCCCCCAUAGUCAUCAACAAGUACUCAGAUGAGCACCUCAGAGCCAUAAUCAUAAACAUGAGAGAAAGAAAGCAGCUCUUCAAGGAGAAAGUGAUUGAUCAGUAUGCUUCAUCCCCUGAGAUAACCCCUCCUGUCACGCCAUUGCUACGCAAAGACGACUACAACAGAGUCAUAGAGGAAAGGAAACAACAGGCAGAGGAGGCGCGGAUAAAGAAGGAGGAGGCAGACAAGAAGAAAAAAGAGGAGCAGGAGAAGAAGAAAAAGGAGGAUGCGCAAAAGAAAGCAGAACAAAAGACAGCAGAGGCCAAACAGCAGGAGGAGAAGAAGAGUAUAAGAACCAGGAUAUCCGAGGCAAUGUGGUCAGUGGUGGACACUGUGCUGAAGCCAUUCGAGGACCUGAUGGACUCUGUGUUUGGGCAAACCAUAGACCCUUUCACGGACCGUCGCUACAUUGCAUGGCUAAGCUUGGUGACUGUGGCCAUUAACUACAACACGUGGUUCAUCACGGCCCGUCUGUGCUUCCCCUACCACACUGAGAUCUCCAUCCCUUACUGGUUCACCCUGGAUGUGUUGGCUGACAUCAUAUACCUGGUGGACUCUGUCAUCUCCCAGCCCCGCAAACAGUUCGUCAAAGGAGGAGACAUCAUUAAAGACAGAGUGAUGACAAAGAAGCACUACAGAGAUUCAGAGAGAUUCCUGGCAGACGUGGUGUCAGUCUUGCCAUUUGACUUGUUGUACAUCCAAUUUGGAUUCAAAUCUGCCUUCAGACUCAAUCGUCUACUGAAGAUCGACACAUUUUUUGAGUUCAGUGAUCGUCUAGAGAGCAUCAUGGCCAAGGCUUACAUCUGGAGUUACCUCAGCUGCUUCUUCUAUGCCGAGAAGUCCCUGCUACUGAUCGCCGAGUUACCAACUCCUGACACCACAUUCGGGCUGAUCUUUCAGAUGACCAACUACCUUUUCGGGGCAUUCUUUAUGUCCACCAUGCUUGGCCAGAUGAGAGAUGUCAUUGGUGCAGCGACAGCAGGACAGACUUACUUCCGUUCUUCCAUGGACAACACUGUGGAGUACAUGGUGACCAAUCAUAUCCCGUCUUUGAUACAGAACCGAGUCCGCACCUGGUACACCUACACCUGGGACGCUCAGGGCAUGCUGGAUGAGUCCGAGCUGCUGGACAAGAUGCCUCUAGUGAUGAGAACAGCCAUUGCUGUGGACAUCAACCUGGCGACCUUCCAGAAGAUUGAUCUUUUCAAGGGCUGUGACCAGCAGAUGUUAGUGGACAUGUUGCUGAGGCUCAAGUCAAUCAUUUAUCUGCCCGGAGACUUUGUUGUGAAGAAGGGUGACAUCGGUAAAGAGAUGUACAUCAUCAAAGGUGGAGCGGUGCAGGUGGUGGGAGGACCCGACAACAGCAUUGUGUUUGUGACACUAAAAGCUGGUUGUGUUUUUGGGGAAAUCAGUCUCUUGCAGUCCUCCAAAGAUGGAGGGAACAGGCGCACAGCUAAUGUCAAAGCAUACGGCUUCGCCAACCUCUUUGUCCUGGAGAAGAAAGACCUGUUUGAUAUUCUGGUUCAUUACCCGGAGUCGCAGAAAGUGUUGGCCAGAAAGGGCAAGAAACUAAUGAAGGCCAAAGGUCCAGCAGCAGCUAAAGUUGAAGAAGAGAAGAAAAAAGGACUGGCGCUGUUCGGACCCAAACCCCCCACACCCAAACUGCUGCGCGCUUUCGGCGGGACCAUUAACAAAAGGUUUAUCAACAAAGUGAAGACUGCCAGUACCAACUAAUAAGGAGCAUGGAAAGUUGUUUUUUUUUUUAAUAACUCCUUUUUUGGAGUGAAGAAAA